AUGCCUUUAAACAUUAGAGCCAAGCCCGCGCACAACAAGCUGUUGGCUGUCCCAAAGAGUAGCGGGUCCACGGAUGGCAGCACAUCUCAUUCACGCUUUUCCAGAUCCCCCAAACAGGGGAAAGGCAAACCGGCUGUAAGUUCAGCACCAGGCUCCCGCUCGGGGCUAGAACCCGGCUCCGUGUCAGGGAGUGGGCCUACUCCAGCGCCUAAAUUGGCUGGAUGUCAAGUGUCGGUGACAAGGCCGGAUUCAAAGCUCAAACCUGGCACAGCAGCAGACAAAGGAGCAAUCCGCGGUUCAGCGACAGCUCCAGGGGGUAAAACCCUGUCUAUGGAGAACAUCCAGUCUUUGAGUGCUGCCUAUGCAACUUCAGGCACCAUGUACCCGUCUGAGCGAGAUUCCUUGGAUUCCUCUGGCGGGUAUCCCAAAGGCACCAUGACGCUGGGCAGGAGCACCAGCCGCUCCUCCUACGCUAACCGAACAACAGCCAUGGGCAGCACUCCAAACAUCACCUCCUCUGGCCUACAUCACCCUUCAGACCCCUAUGGAGACCAAACCUUGCAUCCUGCAAGGGCUUCCAGUCUGCGGCGCCAGUCCGGGAGACAUCCACAGGCACCGGAUUUGGCUGGACGGGGAGAAGCUUCCUCGUUUGAUCUCCAGUCUCAGCUGAGGGAGCUGCAGAGGGAGAAUGACAACCUGAGGAGAGAACUGGAUGGAGAGAAGGAUGGGAGGACGGGCCCCAGCAUGAACAAUGUCAACUUCUGGAGCCCAGAUGUGAAAAGAGAUAAGGGGGUUAGGCGGGAGGAGGGGGUGAGGACCUCGGUUUUGAAGGACCAGUACAGGACUAAGAAAGACGAUUCACAGCCUGGGGAUAUAAGGAGAACCAAGCAGCUUCCAUUGACAGUUCAGGAGCUUCAGGAGGAGCUGAGGGCUCACAGGGAGAUGAACAGUCGCUUGCAGCAACACUCUAGUUCUCUCCGACCCUGCGGCCCCUGCCAGGUGCUCGGGUGUGACGGCUUCUCCUCGCCUCCUACUCUGGAUCCAUCAGAGGAGAAUUUCUUCCUGCUUCAGUCGGAGCACGAGCGACAGGCCAAGGAGCUGUUCCUGCUGAGGAAGACCAUGGAAGAGAUGGAGAUGAGAAUCCAUUCUCAGAAACAGACUCUGGGAGCCCGGGACGAGAGCGUCCAGAGGCUUCUGGAGAUGCUUCAGGGCCAGGGACAAGGUCAAGGUCAGGGACAAUGGGGUCGAGGACAGCGGACAGGAAUCCUAACUAUGGCGCCGCAGGAGGCCGAAGUGCAGCUGGAGAACACGCAUGUGAGAGAGGAGCUCCAUCGCAGGAACCAGCUCCAGGCCGAACCGGCCAAAACCAGGGCUCUUCAGACUGCCAUUGAUAUGAAGGACACCAAGAUGUCUUCCCUGGAGAGGAACAUCAGAGACUUGGAAGAUGAGGUCCAGAUGUUAAAGACCAGUGGCCUGUUGAACCCUGACGACAGGCAGGAUGAACUGAGGCAGGUGGAGGUCUACAAGAGCCAUUCUAAAUUCAUGAAGACUAAGAUUGAGCAGCAGAAGCAGGAGCUGAACAGGAAAGAGUCCGAGAUGCAGGCUCUUCAGACCAAACUAGAAACACUGACCAAUCAGAACUCCGACUGCAAGCAACACAUCGAGGUGCUAAAGGAGUCGCUGAGCGCCAAGGAACAACGGGCCAACACACUGCAGACAGAGGUAGAUGCUCUGCGAGUGCGUCUGGAGGAGAAGGAGCAGUUCUUGACCAAGAAGACCAAGCAGCUGCAGGACCUGACCGAUGAGAAGAGCACUCUAACUGGAGAGAUCAGAGACAUGAAGGACAUGCUGGAUGUCAAGGAGAGGAAGGUUAAUGUCCUGCAGAAGAAGAUUGAGAACUUGUUGGAGCAGUUAAAGGAUAAAGACAGACAGCUGGCUGGGUUGAGGGAAAGGGUCCAGGGCCUUCAGACUGACUCCAGCAACACAGACACAGCGCUGACCACACUGGAGGAAGCUCUAUCAGAAAAGGAGCGAGUAAUUGAGAGUCUGCGUGAGCAGAAAGAGCGGGAAGACAGGGUUCGUCUGGAGGAGCUGGAACAGAUGAGAAAGGAGAACCAGGUAUUAAAGGACAGACUUUCAGCCCUGGAGCCCCAGAAAGUGUCCCAGACUCAGCCUGCUAACUCCGACCUGACUCAGAACCAGAGCCCCGAUGGAGCGGUCAAAGUAAAUGGGCCUCCAGCAGGAAGCCCUGUGACCCAAACCGAAGAAACAGUCCGGAAGUGUCCAGACAUCACUGAUCGUCUGAAGCUUCUGGAGCAGGAAGUGGCUCGCAACAAAGAGGAAUCUGGGAAGUCACAAUCGGAAGUUGAGAGGCUAAUGAGAGCUCUAAAAGAUGCUGAGAUGGACACAUUAUGCAAGGAGAAGAAAAUUGCUGAUCUUGAGAGCAGACCUGGUUGUCCCUCGCCAUCACUCUUGACAUCAUGCCAUGACUUUGGGCAAUUGAAGUCUCCUAACAUCCAGAAGCAGACAAUGGUUGGUGAGAUGAGGAAAGAUGCCCAUACUGACAGACAUCCACACUCUUUAUCACAGCACCUUGAGCUUCCACUUUCAGCUUCCCAGGAUGCCAUGCGGGAGACGGCGGAGCAGAUCAAGGAACUGGAGACGGCACUGAGGGAGAGCAUGAACACCUCCGCACAUAGAGAGGCUCUCUGGGUGCAAGAGGAGACUGCUCGUGUUCAGGCCCAGAGACAGUUGGAGGAGCUGAUGGGGGCUUUAGAGAAGACCCGCCAUGAGCUGGACGCCACCAAACUGCAUCUGUCAUCCACUCAGCAGUCCCUGCACGAGAGAGACGGACACCUUAAUAGUCUUCGCCAGGAGAGACGCAAACAGCUGGAGGAGAUUCUGGAGAUGAAGCAGCAGGCUUUGCUGGCAGCCAUCAGUGAGAAGGAUGCUAACAUUGCCCUGCUGGAGUUAUCCUCCUCCAAAAGGAAAAAAGCGCAGGAAGAAGUGAUGGCCCUGAAGAGAGAGAAAGAUAAACUCAUGCACCAGCUCAAACAGCAGACUCAGAGCAGAAUGAAGCUGAUAACGGAUAACUACGAGGAAGAUCACAUUCACCCUCAACAUCAUCCUCACCAUUCUCACCACUCGCAUCCAGUAAACAUGCAUCACCGAAGCCUGCUAAGAGGGCCGCCCCAUGCCAACCACCGACCCCCUUUGGACCAGGACGAUGAAGAGGGAAUAUGGGCAUGAUGACCAUCUUCAUGGAAACCCUGCAUCCAUUUGGUCACACUUCUUGUAGAGCCAGGUACCAAGAGGUUCAAGAGCUUCAACGACAAGCCUACACACGGACCGGCCUAUCAUUCCCGACCAUCAUGAUCCCCAGAUGUAUAUAAGCAUACAUAUAUGGACAAGCUCAACAUUCAGCCGGUCAGAGAUUAUACCGUCUUACCGAUGAAUGUCACCUCUGCUGACAAAUGCAAUGGCCCACUGAGGGUGUUCCCAGGAGCAUCUGUCAUCAGUGUGGCCCUACAAGGUAUUGGCAAGCGACCUUCAUUUCCCAUGCUGUUUUCAAUAGACUGUGAGCUAGAUUGAUUUUACAGUACUGCGCUGCUACAGAGUUCUGGCUUCACAUCAACUGGCAAUUGCUCCACCACUGUCAACUACUGGUGUGGCGAAGCUGAGCCAGUGGAACUAGCCGUAAAGCCAUGCCAAUCCUGGACUGGUUUAUGAUGGCAUGAAUGUGUUUGCUUCUGACGUUUAUAAAUACAACAACAUGGACCUCAAAAUCCACAAUCCACAGAAACCUUCUCAAUGUACCGUGCCAAAGGAGACGGCCCUGUCUGCUGAAACAAAUGACUGAAAUGGGACUGCAUCUGAAUCAUUCGGGCUACCUGGUAAACCGCCCUAGUUACUAAUUUAUUUCACUAUCUCCCACUUUCUGCAAAUGAGAUCAACAAGAAAAAGGUGCAUUUUGGUUUACAGAUGCCCCAUCAAAUCAGUUUGAGGAUCAGCUUACACCUUCUCUAAAAUCAGGACCCUUAUUAACAGGGAAGGAGUCACAGCUGACCUCAAAUCAGCCAUCUUACUGUAACAGAUUAGUCUGUUUAUACAUUUCUCCUUGUGUUCUUUUAGCCUGCUGUGCAUUUGUUUAAUGAACCAAUAUCAUGUUAUUAGCUUUUCUACAUCCAAAACAGUUUUGAGUGCCACUCUUCUUAUGUUGGAAGUUUUAACUGCUGUGUGUGACUUAUUACGCUAUGAGUGAUGUAUUAUUUUGCUGUCUAUUUGUUGAUCCUAUGAAUCUGAGUGGCGAGUCUGUUUAUUAUAAAGUGACUUGCAUUUUAAAGCACUCCGUCAUUACUUUUUUUCACUGUGCUGGAGGUUGAUGAGAACAGACAGUGUUGUGUUUUGAUUCAACAGUAUAACAGUGUUUCCAUUUGGCCCUUAUCUAACAUGUACAGUGUGUGUGUGUAUGUGUGUGCAUGUGUGUGUGGUUUCACGCUGCUCUCGUGUUUGUGAUGACUAUGAAAGUUUGAGGGGUAACAGUAUUCACCCUAGACUUGUUCCACAGUGUUUUGCAGUGGUCAGCUGGUUUCUUUUGUUUGAAUAAAAGUUGUUUUCACAAGAA